UUGCAAAUCUCCUCCACGACACAAACCCUCGCCGCCUCACACCCACCUCAUCGAGAUCCCAAAUCCCUCUGCGACACCAGCCUUCGUCGUCGUCCUCAAGUAGGCUGCUGCCGCCACCGCACAAGACGAAGACCGCAGCCCACGUCAUCCUCACUCAAGGAGCUUUGGGUUGAGCGCAAGGUCGAGGCAUUUGCCCUACGAGCUAACGACCUAAAGUUCGUGGCCAACCAGUUUCGCCCCCUCCACAACAAGCGGAUGCGACACAUUUCUUUGUUUUACUCCCGCCACUGGCACACGUGGACCGCCUGCUUCAUCCAUGCAGCCUGGCGUAGGUACAAACAGAGGAAGGUAGCCAAAGAUCUUGUCUAG